ACUAGUUAAAAAAAAUGAAUCCGAUUUGCAAGCAGCACAUCAACAGGCCCGAAUGCCAACAGUGGCUGAACGAAGUCUACACACAUUGCAAUCGCUUGCUAGCGAAUCGGCAGUUGGCCUACUGGAAUGACUGGUGGCGCAAUCAGAAGCCAACUGUCUUUUAUAAGAAGCCGCAUCUUAUGUCGCCCUACGACUGCUACAAGCUGCAAAACGUCAUAGCCCAAGAGCUGGCCACAACAGCAGCAGAGGAGGCAGCGCUAGCAGCAACUGUGGCCAAUCUGCCACUGCAAGCAACUGGCACGAGGCUGCAAGCUCAGCUUGUGAUCUUUGCUGGCCUCACACUGCUCAUUAUGGCGGCCAUGCUGUGGCUGCUUUGCAACAUAUUGUGUGCCCCAGCCGAUAAGCGUUGCAGCAAGGCCUGCAGCAGCAGCAACAUGAGCGAUGUUGAGGCACGACUGCGCCAGGACUGCGUCAACUUGCCACACAGCAGUCUGCAUCGACUAACGUUUACGCCGCCGCCACGCAGCUGCAAGAGCUUCAUCAUUCCCAUUCCUUUGCACAGUUCGGCGGCAGAGCACUGAGCCCGCAAGAUAAACGCCAGCCAGCACUGCCUUGACCGUUGACCAUUGUCCAUUGAACUUUGAGUGAACGUUGUCAGGUGUGUGUUAGCUGCUGCCACAAAUUCGGCCAAAAAAUUGGGCGGCUACAAAUUCCAAAACUGUCACGGCUGUGCUCAAUCGCAGGCAAAGAUUUAUGAAAUGUGUUCCGCCAGUUUGUUUUUUUUUUAUUUUUUAUUUUCGUUUGCGGGCCAACAAACAGACAACAGUGCACGAAAUAGUCGAGCGCAACAAAAGCAAAUAAAUAAUCUACACUGUCAAAAAGAGAGCGCAAGAGAGUGAGC